AUGCCGGGCGCAAGCGUGGCAGUCCUCCCCACAUCCGCCUCGUCGACUCCGGUCGCCCGAAAGACCUCACUCGCGCAACCAGAGAGGAAGUAUAAGUGCCAGUUCUGUAAUAGGGCAUUUAGUAGAAGCGAACAUCGCAGCAGACACGAGCGAUCACAUACAAAGGAGCGCCCUUUCAAAUGUAUGAAGUGUAGAAGUACCUUCGUGCGACGCGACCUACUUCUUCGUCACGACCGAACCGUUCAUGCUAAAGAUGGAGGUGUACCUCUCCACAGUGAUGGAAAGCGGCGCUCCGGCGCUGGCGUCUCUAAGGCUCGAUCUGUCGGCGGCCCUUCCAAAUCUUCCAUUGCUAUCGACACCUCUACCUUAAGUGAACAGAUUGAGGCUAGUAGUGAAGGUGCCUUCGACGUCGAACAUGCCGCUAUGCUAGUAGCCGACCUCCACCAUAAAGCCAUGAUGCGCGAUAAUGGAAGCCCUUACGAAUCUGGUCCUUCAAUGGCUUACACUCCGAAUAACGCUCCUAUAAUGGACCCCGCUGUUACUUACCCUGCCAGUGCCGUUCCUCUACCUCAUAGCGUACCCUGGGAUUCCUUUGCUCCCCAGUCGACAAUGGAUACCAAAGCCCAGUCUGUCACGUCGAACGCAUCGGGUUCAUUCGAGUCGCAACAACAAUUUGCCAAUGUGAGUGCCAUUGAGGUCCAACCCAACCUGUCGCCAUUAUCCCCUGGUCCCAGCUAUAACAGCUACAUGUCUGCGUCACAAUCCGUAGCAACCUCACCACUUCUAAGCACCGGCCCAGCGGCCUUCAACAUAUCAAAUCCAAACGCGCCCCUUCUUGUGAACACAUCCACUAACCCACCCCAGACCUCGGGUGGAUUCAACGUUCCUCGAGUGAACAGCGACGAAGAGCGAAAUAUAAUUCUAGAUAAUAUUCGAGCGAACGAUAUCGAACACGCAAUUCCCGAAGGUUUCCGUGUCCCGAACCUAUCUUCUUUGAAUCGUUAUCUAUCAACUUAUUUCACACUCUUCCACCACCACCUGCCGUUCUUGCAUCCUGCAUCGUUCGAUGUCACUCAGGUGUCUCCCGCCUUGCUGCUUGCAGUGUUAUCAAUCGGGGCGCUCUACGCUUUUGACCAAGACCAGGCCUAUAUGUGCCAUAUCGGUUCCAAAGUACUAGUCAACCAAUUCUUGCAGAACAAGGAGAACUUCAGCUCCCGGAAAUGUCCUUUGUGGACUAUGCAGGGCUCACUUCUUAACAUGAUCUUCGCCAGCUGGAGUGGAGAUCCGAAGGGAUUAGAAUGGGCAUGUUCUAUCAAGAGUCUUCUUGCUAAUAUGGUGGCUGGUAAUCGCUAUGAGUUGAAGCUUCGGCAAGAUGGUCGCGAGGGUGCGCAGCCAAACCGUGACGAAUGGAUCGAGGAUGAAGGUUGUCGGCGCACGUACUAUGCUGUCUACAUCUUUUUCGGGUUGCUCACUCUAACAUACAAUCACACACCUGCGAUUAGUUUCAACGAGUUUGAGGACCUCCAACUUCCCUCCCAGGAGGCGCUUUGGAAUUCUAAGGUCACUGACGAAGCUGCCUGGCAAGAACAGUUAAAAGGAUCACCUGCAGUUACAUUUAUGGUUGCUCACGAAAACCUUUUCCAGGGUGUGAUGUUAAAAUAUAGCGCCUUCGCAACGCGUGUUAUGAUCAACGCAUUGUUCCUCGAAGUUUGGUAUCAUAAGCGUAGCCCUGAGGCUCUCCAAGAUGUGGUGACUGAGUACAAGCUCCGAAUGGCUCUAGAGACGUGGGAGAAAUCUCUAGAUCUCUGCGAGCCUGAGGCUGAUACGGUCCCGCUCAGCGCGCCUCACAAGGGGCAUCCUCUAAUCUUCAAUGCCAAAGCAAUGUAUCGUAACGCCCGUGCUCGCCUGGAAGUCGACUUGAAGACAGUUCAAGAAGCGCUCCGGUACCAUGAUCACUACGAAGUAGCUGCCGCUAUGUCAAACGCACGCGACAGAGUAAAGCGCUCCAGUGAAAUGAUCAAGGUAAUCGACGAGUGCUACAACUGCAUCGAAACUGCUGUCCGUCAAGGCGUGCGCUGGGUUGCGCGUACCUCUCCGACCAACUGGAGCAUCGAACACCCUCUGUGUGGCAUGGAUCUCAUGAUCACCCUCACGUUGUGGCUAUAUCGUCUGGAACAUGACGAAGAAGCUGCUUCCGAGGAAGAGAUGGCUAUGUACCUGAAGGUUAGGAGUCUCUUCGAUAAGGAUGCAGAGGGUGCUAUGAACUCGCAACAGCUAAGUUCGACCGUGGCUCAUCUCUGGGGCUCCAUGCUCGAUGAAGUAGUUGUUUGGGGCAUUACCCGACUUAUGGGCGAAGCUUUCCGACUUCACUCUCAAGCACUAGUUGGCUACGUGGAUGAUGUUGAAGCAUCAUCCAACGUCUCGACGCCCUCUAUGAUCUCACAAGGGGGUGACGAGGAGAGUGUGUAUUAG